UGUUCUUAUCGUUGUAUGUUGAGAAAGGAUUCAGUAAUAUGACAUGAAUGGGCUUUCAACUUUCAUACGAAUUGUGGGGUUUAGACUUUCAAUAUGAUUCAGGCACAAUUUUAUUGCCAUGCCAUAUUAGCAUGCGUUUCUGAUUGAACCUUUGAACAGACCACAAGAAAAAAGGUUAUGGACUGUCUUUAACAUCAAAAUUAAUGUAUCGGUGCAUGCCGUUCCCUCCACCAGGUUACUUGUGGAAGGGUGUGGGUGGACGAGCUCUUAUAGAACUGAUCAAGCUGAACAGAGGAAAGGUGGAGGCUGAUAAGGAAGGAAAGAAGGAAAAUACGAGGAGGAGGAAAGAGAAGAGGAAGAGAAAGGAAAAUGUAGAGAUUAAGCAGAAAAGGCCAAAUCUGCAGGAUAAGGGGCACAAGAUUGAUGGAGAGAAGAAAGUUCAAGAAACAACUGACAGUAAAAUAAGAAAAGAUAAUUUCACUGGAGAGGUCAAGCAGCCCAAGAAAUUUGAGGGGAAACAUGACUCUUCUGGAAGCUUCUGUGCUUGUUGGGUUGGCUCCCUUCAUGCAGACGUUGAUCUUCUCUUGCCAUGUCUUUUUCAACUGAAAAAAUGCCUGGAUCAAGUGCUAUAUAAAAAACCAGUUUGUUCAACUCCCACACAGACAGACACUGAUGUGCAAGAGAAGUUCAAGAAAACUUCUAUAGCUGAUGAGAAGGCUGAAGCUGUUCUUGUACCCAGCUUCUCUCAAAAUGGUUCUCUGCAGAUAGAAUCACGAUUUAAAGAGUUGGUUUUCAAUUGGGUUCCUCCUCCCUUGGAGAAUCUAAGCAGUGAAUUUAAUGAUCAAGAUCAACAGUGGCUCUAUGAUGGAGUGUCACUCAGGAAUGACACAAAAAAGAAAAUUGAAGCUAUCAAUGAUCAUUUGUGCUAUCCAUUUACAAUGCUAUUUUAGGAAUGAGUGUGAGAAAUUCAUGCCAUUUUGUAAGCCGGUUUGUUUUAAUAUAAUCGGAUCGAAGUAAGCUUAACCCUGAAUUCAGAUAUCUGAUUUCUUUUACAAUUGGACUUUCCUUAAUGUGGUAAUUACUUGCAGAUUGAUAUUUUUAAGAUUUUGAUCAUUUGAGCAGAAGCCAUUUAUGCAGAACCAUGUAGAUCAUUGGCACUAUAACCCAAUU